UUUAGGGUUCUUGCAGUACAUUGAGAGAUUGUUGUAAUCCUUAGAUAGUCACCAUAUACGCCUUUUUGUUCUUUUGAUGAUCUUUUUUACUGUUGGUUUCAGUGAAGAUUUGCCGCAAAAUCCACAUUUGUUUAUCUGGUUCCGUUGUCUAUUUUAGGGUCGAUUGAUUUCGUACUACCAAAAAAAAAUGAUAAGAAUGAAACGUGUUCACUUACUACGUCUCGUAUUUUAUGCUUCUUACAGUACAUUGAGAUUGUUGUAACCUUAGAUAGUCACGAUAUAUGCUCUCUUUUGAUGAUCUUUUUUACGUUUGGUUUCAGUAAAGAUCUGCUGUAAAUUCCACAUUUGUUAAUCUGGUAAUACCAAAAUGAAAAGAAUGAAACGUUUUCCCUUACUAGGUCUCGUAUUUCAUUCUUCUUAUCCUUAUGAUCAACUUUUUCUUAUGCCCUGUUUGUCUUUGGAGAAAUUGGUGUCUAACUAUUAUAGUCUGUUAUGGUGUGGAUGAAAGUUGGGAAAGGGAGAGGAGGAAAGAGAAGGGGAUGCUUCUUUCAUAACAGCAAUAAUGCUAAGCGAUUAGCAGAUAGAAUGGUGAUUUCAUUUUAUUAGUUGAUCUAUGAGAAUCAUUGGAGAAUUCCCUUUGUUUUUGGACCAUUCAUUUAUCAGAAUCACAAAGAGACAAUUUCAGAAAUAAAAAUAUUUUCUAUUUAUCCAAAGAAUAAGACCUCAGAUGCUAUUAUGGUGCCCUGCUGAUUAUUUAUUUUUCAAUGGUUAUCCCCGUUGAAAAUGUUGCCUUUUUUCUCUCAAAGAUGAUGACACACCCUACAAAGUCCAAUGUGUAUAUAUUUGGCUUCUGUUCUUUUUUUUUCCUCCACAAAGUUUUGGUCCAUUUGAAUAAUUGAUGAACCCUACUGAUUUGUUGUUAGCAAUUCUGAAGUUUGAAUUCCUACUGUGUUGUGAGGUGCAGAAUGGAUUCUCAAAUUAAGCAUGCUGUGGUGGUGAAAGUCAUGGGUAGAACAGGAUCUCGAGGUCAGGUGACACAGGUGAGAGUCAAGUUCUUGGAUGAUCAAAAUCGGUUCAUCAUGAGGAAUGUGAAGGGACCAGUUAGAGAAGGAGAUGUUCUCACUCUUCUUGAGUCUGAGAGGGAAGCUAGAAGAUUGCGCUAGUAGGUUUUUUUUUUUUUGUUCUGUUAAUUUUUCUAGUGUUGAAUUUGGUUACAGUGACUGCUAGUAAUUGAGGUUUGAUAGUUAAUGAAAACAUGUUAAGAUUCAUUAUAUUUAAUGAGAUGCUUUAAAUGUUUCUAUUUAUUCAAAACCUUUAAAUAUUUCGACUA